AUGCCAGCCAUGGAUGUCAGCAAGCCGCCGUUUGACCAUGGAAGUUCGCGUAUUGUGCUAUCUGUGAAUUGCACUGCUACGAUAUAGAAUUCCGGGAUACUUAUAACUGGAUUAAAAAACGCAACGAUCGUUCCCCUCAUCUGGUGGGAGAGAACCGCAGCGUCUGUGUCGCUGAAACAAGUCAGAUAGCAAUGUGUGUGUUAACGCUGUGGGCUUUAACAAGUUAAUGUUAGACCAAGAUCACUGUCUCACUGUCUAACAUCAACAAGUAGCGUCUCAUCUAAUGUAACUCAUAUUUAACAUUACAAUAGCGCGGGAAUUUGGCCCCCUUCACAAACAUCCCACUGUCAAGAUGCCUGCUGUUCUUGACUGGAAGCGAGUGAUGAGGGCAGACCCUGAGACUCUUCCGGAGGGGGAAGAAACAGAGUCAGACACGCUCUUCGAUAUGCUGUUGAUGGUGGAUGGCCACGAGCUGAAGGACAACUCCCCAGAGCGGAUGGUCCAGCUCUUUAGAGUAUCUCAGGCCCUGCUAAAGAAGAAGGACAGAGAACUUGUGCUUGCUUACGAUCUCAUCGACAAAACCGGUUCAGAACAAGCUAAGACUGAAAAUGACUUGCUUGGCAAGAUUGGGAAGUUGGAACAGGACCUUGAGAUGGCCCAACACUCAACCAACGGCAGGGAUACCCGCUUCAUGCGAGACGAGCUUAAUCAGCUGGAGAACCAGUUGGAGCAGCGGGAGAAGGACUUCUCUCAGCUGCAGAGGGAGAUGAGCAAGGAAAAGAAGACCAGCGAGGAGCUGGCGGCGCGGGCAGAAGAGGCGGAGGAGAGCUCGAGGAAGCUCCGCAGAGAGCUGAAGAAGCUUAAGAAGAAGUACGAGCAGGUCCAGCAAGAUGUGGACUUCUACCGCAGGGAGCUGGAGCAGAAGGUGGCGGCGGGCCCCGUUGACAAGAGCCAGGAGGCCCAGCGCAAACUCAACACAAUUAACCGGGAGUACUGCCAGUGCAUGGACGACCUGCAGCGUUCGGAGGAAGACAGGGCCCACCUGCGCACGGACAACGAGCAGCUGCGGCAGGACUUGAUGGACUCGGUGAGGGAGAUGGAGGCCAUGACAGACGAGUACAACAAGAUGAAGAUCGUGGUGCAGCAGACGGACGGCAUCAUGGACCAGCUGAGGAGGGAGCGGGACCACGGCAACCUGCAGGUUCGCGCGCUGACGGAGCAGCUCCAGCGGCAGGCGGACGAGGAAGACCCCGUCAUGGCCGCCGUCAACGCCAAAGUGGAGGAGUGGAAGAGAGUGCUCUCUGCGAAGGAUGACGAGAUCCUGGAGUACCAGCACAUGAUCCGAGACCUGCGGGACAAGCUUCGGUCGGCCCAGGGCGACUCGGACAAGACCAACAUCAUCACCCUGCAACAGGCCGUGCAGGAGAGGGACAACCAGGUGAAGCUGCUGAGUGAACAAAUGGAGCAGUACACCGGAGAGAUGGAGAGGAACGCCCGGCUCAUCAAGGACCUCAAGAAGCCGCUGAAGAAAGGCCCGUCCUCGGCCGCCCACCGCCUGGUGGAGGAGCUGGAGGCCAAGGUGGCGGCGGCGGAGCGAAGCGCCCUGGAGGCCAGGCGCAGCGGCGAGCUGGCCGAGCGCGACGCCGCCGACAAGGACCGCGAGCUGAGCGAGACGCUGACCCGCGUCCGGCUCUACGAGUCUGGGACCGACGGACUGGAAGCAGCCAUCGCGGAGAUCAAAGAGGGCAAGCGCCAGAUGAGAAUGAAAGACCGUGAGACGGAGGCUCUCGCGCGGGAAAUUAACGGCCUGACGCUCAGGAACAACGAGCUCCAGGACGAAAACGAGGCGUUCAGAGAACGGCUAGGUCUGAGCCCCAAGGAGGAAGUGGAUCUCUCUGAGUUCCUUCACGCCAAGAGCCUCCGACAGCGGCAGUACAAAGCUGAGAACCAGGUCCUCACCAAAGAGAUCGAGCGACUUGAAGAGGAGCGGCUGGAGCUGAAGAAGCAGAUCCGUCGCAUGGUGACGGGCCGAGAGCUGGGGGGAUCCACCACCGCCGAGCUGGACCAGAACGACGCGGGGCCGAGUAAACUGCUGCUCCUUGACCUCCAGGAGGGCGCAGACAAGAUGAAACGGAAGACUGAACACUUGCAGAAGGAGCUGAGUGACAAGGAGAGAGAUCUUGAGCAACACAAGACCGAGUCCAACCAGCUCAGAGUCAAAUUGGAGGAGGUGUCCAGGGUCAAGAGCGACCUAGAGGCCACGCUGACAGAAGUCCUCACAGCCAUGAGGGCCAGUCAAGAGCUGGGGGCUCAGGUUGCUGUCGCCGCCCCCUCCCUGGAGAGACUGCUCAGAGUCAUGGAGGGCAAGGGUUCACCCGCCUCUGGGAAGCCCGAGGCGGUCUCCCACCUCCAGGCCCAUCUGGACCAGAUGACGGGCCGGAACCAGGAGCUCAGGCAGGAGCUGCGCCUGGCCCGGGAGGAGGCCAGCGAGGCACUCAGUGGGCUGGCCAAGGCUCAAGUAAAGGUGACUCAACUGCAGUCCGAGGCGGAGGUCCCGAAGCAAUCCUCUAGCGAGUCCCCGGCGUUCCGACCUUUGACCCUGCCUGCGGAUUUGGCUCCCUCGAGUGCGGAGAUAAUCAGCACCCUGAACGAAUACGCCAUUCGCCUCCUCCAGGAGGUUAAACACAAAGAAGAGUCAGCCGAACAGCUCACGGCCGCUCUGGAGAAGUACAAAAGCAAAGUGGGGGUUAUCUUCCACCGGCAGGGUCUGCUGUACAAAGAGCAUCUCAGUGACAAGGAGACGUGGCAGAAAGAGAGGGAAACGUUUGCAGAGCUGAAGAACAAGAUGGAGGAGCAGAGGGAUGUGGAUAACGUGAGGGUCCAGGAAUUCAACAACCUGCUGGAGACGCUACGGAAAGAUCCGGAAGAGUUGCGGCGGCAGUUGGCGGAGACGGUGAGGCAGGUGACGGUGCUGCGGGUGAACGAGAAGACACUGUCGCGGCGCUACACCCUCCUCAUGGAGCAGGAGCAGCAACUCCGCAAGGAUAACAGCAAGCUGAGGGUCGACAGCGGGCACAUGCAGGUCGCCGUCACCGAGAGGAUGGGCUACCUGCAGAGAUACAAGGAAAUGGCAGCGUACAGGAUCACAGCCCUGCAGAAGGCUUUGGAUGAGAGCGUUCCUUCCGCCGACCUCGAGCGGGCCAACAAGCAGUAUACGGAGUUAACCGUCAAAUACCGAGACAUGCUGCAGAGAGACAACCACAUGGUGCAGAGGACAUCCAGUCUGGAACAUCUGGAGCAGGAGAACGCCUCGCUCCGGGAGCAGAUCUCUGAGCUGGUGAAGGAGCUGGAGAGCGCCAAGGAGAAGCUCAACACCCUGGAGCAGGCCUGGGAGCACUGCAGCAUCGUGGCAGGUGACGUCAGGGGCGUGGACAAGGUGAGCAAAGCACUGGCCAACCGCGAGAUGGCGUCCGCAUCCAGACGCAUCACCACGCUGGAAAUGAAGGAGCUGAAUGAGCGGCAGAGGGCCGAACACGCGCACAAGAUGUGCGAGCAUGCCAGGAAUUCCCUCCGGCACGCAGAAGAGCGCAACGCAGAGCUGGAGGCCAAGUUUGCAGAGCUGACCAAGCUGCACCUGGAGGCCCAGCGCGUGGAGCGGGAGCUGAGGGACCAGCUGGCGGAGAGCGUGAGCCGGGCCACCAGCGACGCCGACCGCGCCCGCGUGGCAGAGCUGGAGAAGGCGGAGGCGGAGCUCCGCGUGGAGGCCUCCAGGCUCCGAGAGGUGUCUGACGUGGCCAAGAUGCAGGUGUCUGUGAUGGAGGCCCGGCAGCAGUCCAGGGAUAAGGAGACAGAGUCCUUCAGGAGGCAGGUUCUGGACCUUCAGUCCCAGUCGGACGAGAAGGCCCUCCUGGGCCGGCUCCACCAGCAGGUGGUGUCGCUGCAGCUCAGCGAGGCGGCGGCCCUGGCGUGCGAGGCCCUGACGGCCCGCCUGCGCGCCCUGGAGGCCUACCAGCUCCGGGCCGAGCAGCGCCUGGACGCCGGCCAGCGCGCCCUCUACCUGGCCCGGCAGGACGGCCGCGGCCGCGCCCGCCACCUGCGGCAGACGGUGCACGCGCUGCGGCGGCAGUGUGCCGGCGCCCUGCCCCUGGUCCGGCUGGAGCAGCUCUCCCUGACGCUGGCGGAGCUGCAGGGGGAGCGCGCCGGGGCGCAGCGGGAGAGGAGGGAGGCGCAGGAGCAGCGGACGGAGGGCCGGGCGGAGGAGCUGGAGGGGAAGCUGGCCGGUCUGGAGGAGUUGGUCGCCGCGCUGGGGGACGCCAAGGGAGCGCAGAAGGUGAUGGGGUGGCACCGGCGGGCGGAGGAGGUGCGCCUGCAGGACAUGCGCCGCGGCAGGGAGCUGGAGACGCAGAGGGAGGAGAUCCUCUACCUGAAGGGCCUGGGAGAGGGCCGUGAGCGCGCCCUGCGCACCCUGGAGGAGGAGCUGGUGACGGAGCGCACGCUCUGGGAAGAGCGGCAGGUUUCUUGGGAGCAGCGGGAGGUGGACCUGGAGCGCCGGCUGGACGCCUUCGAGACGCAGCAGCAGCAGCAGGUGGUCCCGGGAGCCUCCCAACAGGCUGAGCAGCAGGACUUGCUACCAGACCCCAGCUGGCCGGUGGCUCAGCAGCUGGAGUUCGCCCUGAGGAAACUGGGGGAACACGGCCGCACCAUCCUGGAGACGCAGGCCUCGUGCAGAGCUCUGGAGGAGAGGUCCAAGGGGAGCGAGGAGGCACUGCGCAGCGCCCAGCAGAACGUGCUCUCCAGGGACCGGGUCAUCAACGAGCUCAGGCUCCGCCUCCCCGCCACCGCCGGCCGGGAGAGGCUGCUGGCCGACCUGGGCCGGGCGGCGGCGGCGGCGGGGGAGGAGGAGGAGGGCGGGGCGGAGAGCCAGCCGGCCCUCCAGGUGGCGCACCACACCAUCGGGAGCCUGCAGGGGCGGCUGAAGCAGAAGGAGGAGGUGGUGAAGAAGUACCAGGAGCUGCUGGCCCGAGCCAGACGGGAGCAGGAGGAGGUGAACAGGAGGCAUGAGGAGGAGGUGAAGGCUCUGCAUCAGAAGCUGGACCUCUACUCGGACAGCUCACUGGACCGCUUCAAACAGAACACACUGGACCUGCUGAAGAAGCCGUCCCUCAGCGUGCCCACCUCCAAGCACCUGGUGCGGCUGGCGGAGGUGGAGCAGACGGUGGUGGAGCAGGACCACUCCCUCUCCGCCCUCAACGAGAGGCUGAGGGCGGCCGUCGCCGACGCCGACCGACAGAGGGUUUCCGUGGCGACGCAGGCCAAGAAACACCAGGAGGAAGUGUCAAAGCUGGAGGAGCAGCACGCGGGCAGGGUGAAGGCGCUGGCCGGGGACGGUGAGGAGCUGAGGGCCCAGGCCGCCCACACAGAGAAGCAGCUGCAGUACCUCCAGAGCGAGCUGGAGGCCCAGAAGGAGGCCAACGUCCGCUCGCCCAGCAACACCAUGAAGAGCCUGGUGGAGCGUCUCAAGGCCCAGCUCGCCCAGAAAGAGAAGCAGCUCAAGGCCCUGGGCAAGGCGCUGCUAGAGCUGCGGUCGGAGAUGACGGGCCUGGCGGAGCAGCAGAUCAUCUCGGGCGCGGCGCAGAGAGAGGAGAGCCUCAACGUCCAGACGCUGGUGGACAAGCACACCAAGGAGCUGAAGCUGCGACUGCAGGAGCUGAGCAAGGAGCUGCAGUCUGCGAAGGAGUCGGUCAGGGGGGCCCGCGGCCGCGAAGAGGCCCUGAAGGAGGAGGUGGAGGAGCUGAGGGGCGACCUGCAGCGGAACCACAAGAGCCAGGGUCGGCUGCAGGGGGAGAAGGAGCAGAGAGACCACGAGCUCCAGGAACUCCGGCAGCGCGUCAAGAGGCUGAGCAGCGGGCUACAGAACCAACAGGAGGCUGACGACCGGGCCUCCACGGUGGAGAACCUCCAGAGGAAGGUCAGGAGGUUGGAGUCGGAGCUGGAGAAGAGGCCGUCGUCCCCAGAGAGGAGCGCCAACACCACCACCAACAAGGAGGACAACAAGUCCAAGGAAGAGGUUGUGCGCUGGGAAGAGGGGAAGAAAUGGCAGACGAGGAUGGAGAAAGUACGGAACGGACUCAAGGAGAAAGAGGGGGAGGUGGAGGCUCUUUCCAGACAGCUCGGCACUCUCAAAGACCUCUACGCCAGACUGGAGCAGGAGAACAAGGGCCUGCUGAGGAAGGCCAAGGGGCGCGGUGUGACCGCCGACCACGUGGUGGGCGUGCGGAGUGCCGAGACGGAGAAGGAGCUGGAGGAGCUGAGGAGGAGGAACAGCGAGCUGGAGAAGCAGAUCCUCAGCAUCAGGAGCCAGCAGGCCCUGCCCAGGGACGCAGCUGUGGAUGACCUCACCCAGAGGAACCGCUGGCUGGAGGAGAGACUUCACACCAUGGAGUCCCAGAUGUCCAAGGAGCCUCCUUCCAGGCCUUCUACGUCCGGGCGGGGCACAGGCACGCCAUCGCAGAAAGACCAGGAUAUCCAGAAAGAAAACCUGAAGCUCUCCUCGGAAAACCUGGAGCUCCGCCUUCAGUUGGCACAAGCUAAUGUUGAGCUGCCUGGUCUAAAGCGAGAAGUCGCAGACCUCAAAGAGAUGUGCCGAGUCGUGAGGAAGGAAAGAGCCGAGGCAGAGAAGAAGCUGUCCCACUUGCGUGGGGCGGGCACCAGCGGUAAGACGGUGGGCGACCUGGAGAAGACGGUGGGGCUGAUGAAGAAGGUGGUGGAGAGGGUGCAGAAGGAGAACGACGCCCUCAAGAGAACCUCCGGAACGGCCAAUCAGGACAAGCUCGCGUCUCUGCAGCAGCAGCACGAGACCCUCAAGACGGACUAUGAAAAGCUGAAGCAGGAGGCGGACACCGAACUGAGCAGACUGGAAUCCAAAACCAGAGGGAUGGAAAAGAUAGUGAUGGAGAGCGAACGGCUACGGAGAGAGAUUAAAAGGGAAAAGGAAGCGACAGAGAGGCUGCGAGUGACCAGGAGCGGCCUAGAAGUGACCAUCGAGAAGCUGGAGUCAGAGCUGGAGGAGACCAGGCGCAAACUACACACCGCUCUGUCAAGAACCAUCCCCGAGGGAGCCGACAGCAAGACCUGGAAGGCCUCAGUGGUGACGAGGAUGUAUGAAAACAAGAUGAAAGAGCUGGAGAGGGAAGGAGAGAAGGAGCGGGCCGAGCGCACCGAGCUCAAGAGGAAACUGAAGGAGGCGGCCGAGCGAGAGGAGAAAGCCCUGCGCGCCAUCCACGCACUUGAGGAUCAGGUGAAAGGCGGCACCAGGAUUGACGCAACUACAACCAAAGAUGUGGCAGCGCUAAGGCGGGCUAACGAGGAGCUGGAACAGGAGCGGUGUAAGCUGAUGAAGGAGCUGCAGGAGCUCCGGGAGGGGUCCGGACAAACGUCCACUCUUCAAGGCUCCAAGGAGCUGAGGAACCUUCUGAAAGCAUCAGAGACCGAGAAGAAACGUUUACAAGGGGAGGUGAAGAAGCUGAGUCGAGCCCUGGAGAACUUUGACCCAAAGUUUUUCGAUGAGAUUGAAGACCUGAAGUUCAACUACAAUUUGGAGGUGAAGAAGAACAUUCUGCUGGAAGAAGAGCUGAGGAAGGUUUGCACGCAGUUUGGCGUGCCAGCUAAUAUUCCCAGUGUGUCAAUCAGCUAAGCCAUUACAAACCACAAGAGGGCUGUUAAAAGUAACCCAACACUGUAAUGAAACCACAGGCCCAAAGCCCAUAGGGUGGUUCAGAUCAGAUAACAGCUACUGAUAUUACCUGUUCCAAUGGUUUGAUAACCCUAUAAAAAAAACUGUAAAAUAUAUCAUCUGUAAAUGAGUUGAUUAUGGCAAAUAGAAGCAGGUUUGUACAUUCCAAUUAUUCCUGAUACAAAACAGCGUGAGAGAUCUGCUUCAUACAGUCCACCACUUUAUUUCUUCGUAAAAAGUGUUAAUAAAUCCUUUAUUAUGAACU